UCCUUCCUGCAGCCUCGGCCCUUCUGCCGUGAAAAAGGAAGAUGAGAAGCAGCAGCGGUCCGCCGACACUGAACCGACACUGAACCGAGUCUGACACCAAGAAGAAUGGCGGCAGAGCGGCUGCUGACGGACCGGAGGCCGAGCUCAGCUGCUGUUCCCCGGCCUUGAGGCCGCCACGACCGCCGCUGCGGUAGCGGAGCCUGGAGGAGCGGCGGGUGGAGCUGCAGCCCGCCGGCCCAAGUCGUGCUGAGCCGAGCCGAGCCGAGCCGAGCCGCCGUCGUCGUCUCCCGAGCUGCCAACGAUGCUCAGCUAGCUGCAGGACCGAAGCCUCGACUGCACCGCAACCCGAAACCAGACCCGAUCUUCCUCUGCCCCCUCUUUCAGCGUCCCUGCAGACUGCAUCAUGGAGCGCUCCGGCAGCAUCCAGCUGGACAUCCCGGACUUCAGUAACUCGGUCCUGUCUCACCUGAACCAGCUGCGCGUUCAGGGCCGCCUCUGCGACAUCGUGGUUAACGUGCAGGGCCAGAGCUUCCGGGCACACAAGGUGGUCCUCGCCGCCAGCUCGCCGUACUUCCGGGACCACAUGUCUCUGAGCCAGAUGAGCACCGUGUCGCUGACGGUGAUCCGUAACCCCACGGUGUUCGAGCAGCUGCUGUCCUUCUGCUACACGGGCCGCCUCUGCCUGCAACUCGCCGACAUCAUCAGCUACCUGACAGCCGCCAGCUUUCUACAGAUGCAGCACAUCAUUGACCGCUGCACCCAGAUCCUGGAGGGUAUCCACCUGAAGAUCAGUUUGGCCGACCUGGAUGAGGAGCCCACAGAGGAGGCGCGGGGUUCUAGGGGAAACAGGACCAUGGAGGCCGUGGUGCGAGGCGCCGGUCACCAUGGCGGCUUGCGUCUCCUCGGCCCGCGGGGGGGUGCAGACGCGUGUGAGCCGGUCAGUCCUGCCGAGGAGCCGCUCAGCCCACCGCCGACAGUGGAGCACAGCGGACUGGAGGGGUCUGGGGCCACCACCAGCAGGGCGGGCAAAGAGCCGAUCCUGCGCAUUAACCGUGCCGGUCAGUGGUAUGUGGAGACGAGCAGCGAGCCGGAGAGGACCGGCAGCGCUGAGGAGGGCGGCGCCAUGGACCGAGUGAGGAUCAAGACGGAGAGGAUGGAGGAGUGGAUCGGAGCAGGUGAGCACCAGGAGGAGGGGGGACCAGUGGAGGAGGGGGCCACCGUGAUGAUCGACACGUCAGGACGCAGCACGCUGGUGACGGGGCCGGUGGGAGCGAUGGGGGGGCGGAGCGCCCAGCCGUCGUCCAGCUUCAGUGAGACGGACAGGUUCAGUCCCACCGGCAGCGUCGUCGUCCUGGCAGAGCGUCAGAGAGCGAAGAGCGAGUCCCCCAGCAGGGCAGACGAGCUGCGACAGCCGACCUCUCAGGGGGAGGAGCAUGCGGCAUUCGACAUGGGUGGCUACGAGGACUACCUGAGGGAGCAGGUAGGAGACCGCUGGUUUCGCUACAACCCCAGACUCACCUGCAUCUACUGCUGCAAGUCCUUCAACCAGAAGGGCAGCCUGGACCGCCACAUGCGCCUGCACAUGGGCAUCACGCCGUUCGUCUGUCGCAUCUGUGGGAAGAAGUACACCCGCAAGGACCAGCUGGAGUACCACAUCCGCAAGCACACCGGCAACAAGCCCUUCCACUGCCAUGUCUGCGGCAAGAGCUUCCCUUUCCAGGCCAUCCUCAACCAGCACUUCCGCAAAAACCAUCCAGGCUGCGCCCCCCAGGAGGCCCACAGCGCCUCCCCUGAGACCACCACCGCCUCCGUCACGUCCAGGGCGGGGCCGAGCGACGAGGCCUCCCCCAGCCAGGAGGAGCCAGAGGGUGGGGGUGGGGGCAGCAGCAGCGGAGGCCAGUACAGUGAGGGUCCCCAGGCCUCGGUCUCCACCACGGGGCCCGACUGACCCCGAGGGAAAGCGGAGGGUAGGUUUCACGGUCGGGCAGGGGGUUACAGAAGUGGAGGGCUGUCUGGUCCUGUUGCACCUGAAGCCAGCAGGAUGCCGAACCCGCUAAAGUCAAAGCAGCGUCAGAAAGGACACCUCAGAGUCUGAACUGAGAUUUUUUUCCGCUUUAAACCGCAUCUACCUUCACUAACCAAACCGAACGGAUUAAGCUAAAAUGAAGAAACGCCACACACUCCCAACAACCUCAUACACCACACGAUGCAGUGGUCUUCGUUUGCCUCCGUCUAGUUUGUUAUGUUGCAGAUUUCUACUUUUAUAUUUCCAGGUGUUACAGGUUCACAAUGCAGCAUCACAACAGUCUGUCUGGUGGAAACUUUGCCAAACUACUCAGUGCCAGUUCAACAGUUCAGAUCCUUCAUAUUUGCCUUGAGACAAUCUGGAGCUGCGAGGUUAAAAAUAAUAAUAAUAACAAUAAUAAUAAUAAUAAUGAUGAUGAUGAUGAUCCUCUGCGCUCUUUAAGUGCCAGAUGGGCUUAAAAAGAUUUAGUUGCACCAAAAAGUUCAAUGAAACAAGUCUGACUGCUAACGUUCGCUCCCAGUGUGAUCGGAGUUUCUCGUCUCUUCCUGUUUGCAGCUUUCGUGCCGACUGAACAAAGUUUAGUGAACGAUGUUCUCCACACUGCACAAAUUCACGUUACUUCACAAGGCCAUCAAGGAAACUCGCGACUUCCUGUUCUCCGUCCUCAGUUAGAAAAUAUGACCUGUCAGACCUGAUCUGAAAGGUUGUACACCUUACAGGACUGCAGCUAAUCAUUAGUUUCAUGGCUGAGUAAUCUGCCGAUCCUUGAGAAGUAGUUCUCUCACUGUAAAAUGUGGGAAAACAUAAAAGAAAAUCUUAGCACAUACGAUUGGAUUCACAUUUUGUUGUGUCACGCAGUCAGCGACAAGCCAAAGAAUAUUCAUAUCACAACAUGUUGGGCUCCUCCCAGUCGAGGGCAGAGCAGCAGUUUGAAGUUGAAUCGUUCCAGUUUACUGACUGAAAAGUGCAUUAACAGGAAACUUUCCCACCUCGUUUCACAAUGUGUCAAUCAGCAAGAAUGUUUUCAUCUAAAAUACCGAGCUACACGUAAAGCUUUGCACUGUCUCGUGGCUUUCUCUGACGUAGAACCUACUCAGGUGUUAUCACGUGACCUGAGCACAGGUGGACAUGAUAACUCCUGUUCAUGCUCAAGGCAGUCCUCAUGGUUCACAACCUGCUGCUCAAACCCUGGGAAAAGGUUAUGGGAUGCAUUUGAAAGCUCUGGGAGUGAACGUACAUCCAUUAAUCUGUGUCCUCAAGGUGGAAAAUGAAUCUCCACGCGUGCCUCUGUCAUGCCGUGAAAACAGUCGGAAUGAAACUCUGAUCACGCUGGAUUUGUUAAUUUGGUUGUAAAAUGAGUAUAGAUUCUUCGUGAUAUUGUUUGAGUCAGUUUUUAAAGAUCCUAUAAAUUAGAAAGGACCAUCUGGCAGCCUGUUGAUGAGCAGACUCACAGCAGGACAACUGGACACUGUUGUGUCCGGCCUCAGAUAAGCUACACAGCUCAGUUACCUCUCAUCACUACGCAAUACAGCUGCUGCACUGCACAGCACAGCACCACCGGGGGGCGCUCUGAUCCACUCACACAGAGAUCUCCGUCAAUCUUCUCAGAUAUUUUUAUAACAAGCAUGUGUUUUGUGUUUUGUUUUUCUUGGACACUUUUUUGCUCUGACAAUGUGUGUGACAAAAGACACAAGCUCCAUGUUCAAGGAGGACAUGGAGACGGUGUCCCGACCUGAUCGGUAACAUCUGUUUCAGUUGAUGACGCAUUAAAUCUGCUUCACUUUGAGUAAAAAGUGAAAAAGAUAGUUAGCUCACGGCCAUAACCGCAGUGUAGCUGAGUUAUGCUAACAUUAGCCAGUAAGCUAGUGGACUACUUCUCCAUCAUAUACAUAUUUUAUUACAGUGGUUCAAAACCACAUUUGAUUACAAGAGUUAACAAACUUCAUGGUUGUACGCUAGUUAGCUCAAGUUAGCCGAACAUGAGCUUUUAAGCGAACAUAGUUCAGAGGAAAAUACAUAAAAAAAAAAAAAACAAGCUGACUGAUUAUCUACAUGCUAACUGAUUUCUGCUUACU